ACACUGAAGGUCACAACAACAAUACACUGACCCACCUCUCACCACACUGCAGGUCACAACAACAAUACACUCACCCACUACUCACCACACUGCCGGUAUUGAAUGCAGUAUUGGGUUCUCUGCAAAUACUCAGAGCAGCACAUGUUUAAAAAAACACAGUCCACGUAAAAUUGGCCUAACAUCCCAAUAUGGUAAUAGCACAUCAUGGGGUGGUACUGCUGCGUCGGGAGUGGCGCACAAGCACAGCUAACAAAGGGCUCAACAACACUGCGUUAAAAGACAAAGGUAUAUAGCCAGCGACGUUUCGGGCAAUUACCCUUUUUCAGAGCACAAAACAGUAUCAGCAAGAUCAACCUGCAAAUUACGAUCGAGACACCAGUUAAACAUUUGUAAAUUAAAAAAAAACACGAAAUAUUACCGGAGUGUUAUAUUCGUGGCCGCUGUGUUUGUGCCCGCGGGCUUAAUGCGCAGAGAGAGAGAGAGCUCUUUCCGUCUGUGUUUCGCCAUCGAUGCAACCAACCCCAGCAGUGAGUGCUUUGAGCGACUAAAAUACAUAUCUCGAAGCGACAGAUUGGUGCGCCUCGCUGGCGAGAUGCCAAGACACUGCACGCGAUGGCGUGGAGGAGGGAUCGAUGGGUUCGCUGGGUUCAUCACCAUUGUUUGCGUUGCCAUCCGAUUUGUGUUGCAUUACAAAUCGGAUGGGUGGGGUAGGGGUGGGAACCGGUUAAUACCGGUUUGCCGCACAUAGACGUCUCAGGCUCCGGAGCCGCGCGCGGUUCUUUAGGGACUGCUUCGUGACGUCAUUCACAUGACAUUGCAGCUCUUGAAAUAUUUCAUUAUUUUUGUUGUUGUUACCCGAAUGGCUCUUCUUGUUAUUUUGGUUUCCGACCCCCCCUCCCCACCCCUGGUCUAGAGCGAUGGACUCUCACAGUUUUAGCUUUAAAAGAAACUGAGAAACUGCAAAGAGCUGGAGGGCUUUAUAAAGCCUCUCACAGCCAUUCUGAACGGACUCAAGAACGGACGCUACGGGAAAGGGCUCAGUGGUCUGCAGCAGAACGUUGCCAUUGACCGGAUACAGAGGAUUGUGGGAGUGCUGGAAAACCCAGGCAUGGGUGGGAAGUACCUGGCCACCCUCCAGCAGGUGGAGAUGAUGCUCAAGGCCUGGUUUCCCAAGGUAAAGCCUCAGUCAUCAACCAGCGUCGAGCGAGCGCAGAAUGUACACCCUAAUUCUGACUCAGGAAGUCUUCCCCAUGACAGGCUAAACGGCGAUGCAGCGAGCCCAAAUCCAAAAUUAACAAUCGCAAACCACUGCCAAACCUUGCAGAGCAAUGCGGCUUUGGCGUUUGUGACGGCAAAAGACCCACAUCAGGAUCACAGUGAGGAAAGCACAAUCGCUCUCAAGGGCAUGCCCCCAACCAACCUCACGUGGACGCACGUUGCCCCUACCGUGUGCCCGGAGCUCGGCGAGAAGGCAUCGUACCCCACGUCGACUAGUGGCAUCGCUCACUCUGCCACGGGUUCUCACGUGCUGCCGGAUUCCGGUGCGCAAUUCCGCCGGUGCUGCAGCCUGCCCACGUCACUGGGCAGUGCGGAGUCAUUGCCACGCAUUUCUCAAGGAAUAUCGCCCAGCCACGCCAGCACUUCCCCCAGCUCGGCCAACGUCUUUGUCCCGUUAAAUCACCGACCGGUCGCAGACUGCGCCCACCCCCAAGACGGACGCAAGGGCACAAGGUCACCAUCCUCUAAGGCACGCGAUUUGGCAGGACCGAGAGAACUCUGGGCGGAGCAGGCACCUGCUGCUGCUGCUGCUACUACUGAAGCAGCCAUGGGCCAGGACGCAGUGGGGCUGCACUCGUUGCCACGCUUUUCCCAACAGCGGGAGCUUGAUGCCUCGCAUACUCGCAGGGCGCCAGCUCCAAGCGACUGGUUCAGCCUCAAUAGUUGCUACGAGCGUGCGGGGGACAUGCACGGCGGCAUGAAUCGCAAGAGAAGGCCCGCAGAGUCUGUAGCCCCUGGAACCCUUGUCGUGCCACGGCUCAAGAUGGCACGGCAAAAAUUCGAAAUCCCAUCUCCCCCCCACGAGCGUGGGCACAACAUUUAACAGGUUGCUAAACACAAUACGGCAGUUGUAGCAAUAUACUUUUCUCAAAAAAAAUGUAAACUACUUUUAUGCAACCGUUAUCUCAGAAGCCUUGAGUGGCAAUCUUCUUGAUGUGAAACCUUUUUUUACACUUGCCGAUCAUUUUAUAUUCAUACAAAUCGUAUUAUCAACAGCAUAUUAAAUAAAAACUGCAUUUUCGUGAAUGGAAUUUUAGAUUAAUGUAACCCUUCCAGUGCUAUAUUAUUGGCCGUAGUGUAGUGUAUGAUGCAGUCUAUUUAUACUGCACGAAAUGGCACGGUAAAAGUUUUCACUGUUUUGUUUUAAAAUGUGUUGUCUUACAAAGUAAUAUUUUCAUUAUUCCUAAAUUUUUAUACACUGCUAGUGAGCCAAGUACAGAGGACAUUUGUGAAUGCGAUUUGACGAUUGCUUCUUCGUGGACAAUACAAAUGUACUUUUGCUCACUAUUUCACGACAUUGUAAUUGUGAAAACAAUGGUUACGUAUUUUAUAGUUUCACAUUCGAUGUGGUGCAAGGUAAAGAUUAGUGCAUGUUAGCUGCACCGGUGUUCAUGAAAAUUUGUGGAUCGUUUGUGUUGGGUGCAGCCUUCACGUUGCUGUAAUUCGUAAGUGAAAAUAAAUCUUUUUUUAGCCACUUUAA